CCAAAGGAGUGACUGGGAUGGCGAGCACAAACAGCGAGGCGCCCGAGCCCACGGCCGAGCCGCCGCACCCGUGGGGCCCACAAAUACACAUCGGCAAGGUCUUUCUUAAAGGAAACGAGCGCACCAAACCCGAAGUGUUUGAAAACGAGCUUCAGGAGGCGUACAGCGCUAAGCGUAUCGGCCGUUUGGUGCGCAACCUGGAGGAAGCCACUGAAGAGCUGAAGGCUCUCGACAUCUUUGAGUCGAUCGACAUUAAGCUGGAUAAAGCGAGCUCUGGCGAACGCGAUGAGACGGACAUCACUAUCACGGUGAAGGAAAAAGGUUGGCGGUCUCUACACGUCGGCGCGACUACCGACGGAAGCGACGAAGCAGGAGAAUCCACGCUAACUUUAUCGAACGCACUUGGAGAAGCCGAAAAGAUCACGCUAAGUGCAACCUAUGCGCGUUCGGGCAGUAACACGCAGCGUGCCACGUUCAAGAAGCCUCGCUUUCUAGGUCUGCCGCUGUACUUGAGCGCCAUCGGCACCAAUGAGCUGCACAACCAAGAGUGGUUGAGCUCAUACAGCGAAAAGAUUCGUGCCGGCAGCAUUUCCAUCAGCGACUAUGAAGGCGUGCACGACCUGUCAUUGAACGUCGGCUGGCGUGAUCUGCUUCCCCGUCGGGACGCAAAGGUCCCCACGGCGUACCGUGCGUCGCCCAGUAUUCUAGCGGAGGCGAUGCCUUCCACGAAAACGAGUGUGAAGUACGUUUUCACGGACGACAACCGGAACAACGUUGUGUAUCCGACUGCUGGUGGACUCUUCAAGUACACGACGGAGAUUGCCGGAUUGGUGGGCGAUGUGAAGUUCGUUAAGGCGGAAGUGGAAGGUCAAAAGCACGUUGCAGUGGGUCCCAAUGUCUUUGGCUUCCCAAUCCUCAACUUCAGUCUUUCCUGCCACUUGGGAACGGUGAAGUCGUACGGUAAUGAGCAGCACCGACCAGCACGUAUUAGUGAUCGCUUCUUCCUGGGUGGCCCAAUGAACGUACGUGGCUUCAACCACAAGGGCAUCGGUCCUCGAGCUUCCCCUCUUGAUGGCGGAGUUGCUCAAGGCGAUGCGCUUGGCGGCGAUGUGAGCUACAACGGAACGGCAAGCGUAGGCUUCCCGGUCCCGCUGCCACUGCUUGCGGCGUUGGGCCUCCGCGGACAAUUAUUUGCUAACGCUGGCAAUCUGACUACCUGGGACCGCUUAUUGGACGAGAAGAAGUGGAUGAAGAACCUUGCGGACGAUACGCGGGUAUCUAUCGGAUUGGGUCUUGUGUGGGGUACCCGCAUCGGCCGCCUCGAGGCCAACUACUCGUGGAUCCUCAAAGCACAUGAUCAUGAUAAUAUCAAGCGUGCUCAGCUUGGUCUCGGCAUGACUUUUUGCUAG